UUUAUUGCUGAUGAGACGAAGCGAGAAUGGACACCUUCGUUAACCUGUAAAGAACUCAUUAUUAUUUAAAAACAUAUUUGGUUCAUGUUUGAUGGUUCUCGCUUAACUAACAGUACAGUUUUAAAUAACGAAGUACAGUAGUUGCAGAUUUGUGGAACAACUUUUACCUUCAACACACCAGUUUUCAUGUGCAUGCGUGGAUACUUUCUCCUCACAAAUCUCCCAUGUCUCCAUUUGACAAGAAGGGAAUUGGUUGAGUGACAGCUGGGGCAGAGGUUACCUUACUCCUUUGCUGUGGUUAUCAGACUGACUCCUUUUAAGACCACACACUACAAGCCUUUGCCUUUAACAGACUUGACUUGCUGAAACUGUCAGCCUUGAGAUUCUUACUGCAUAUCAUGCCCCGGUCCUUCCUGGUGAAAAAACGGAGGAGGGUCUCUCGCUCCUCUCUCCUAUCAGCCUGCUCACCUCACCUGGGCAUAACCGACUCCGCAGCCCCACAUACUCCCCCCGUAAUUCAGAAUCAACCCGAGCAGAUCCAGAGCGUGGAACCUUCGUCUUCGCAGGUGCCCAAAACGUACGGGGAUUCUUUCAGUACCUGGCCCACAGGUUUUAUGAGUUUCACUGAAAAUCCUUCUCUGGUUUCAUGGCAACACUUUGAAUCCAACAACACACAAGGCAAACAGGGCCCAGGCCCCUUGUUACAACCGUGCAGCAGAGAGAGGCACGGUUCCCAGAGGAGCCCGGGAAGUGCUUCCUCAACUUGGCACUGUCCCAUAUGCAGCAAGGUCUUCUUCUCCCCUCCUGGUUUGGAGGCCCAUUUGCACAAGUCCCAUGCGGGUCACAGACUGCCUAUGGUCUGUUGUAAGGGAAACCAUCCUGCAACAGCUCACAGAACACGGGAGAGAACAUUUGAGUGCAAGGUGUGCGGGAAGGUUUUCAGGCGCUCCUCCACACUCUCCACACACCUGCUGAUCCACUCCGACACACGGCCAUACCCCUGCCAGUACUGCGGGAAGAGGUUCCAUCAGAAAUCCGACAUGAAGAAACACACAUUCAUUCACACUGGAGAGAAGCCACAUGUGUGCAAGGUGUGUGGAAAGGCAUUCAGCCAAAGCUCCAACCUCAUCACGCACAGUCGAAAGCAUUACAGACCCUACAGCUGAGUCAGAGGGAACACACACAUACACGAUCGCACAUCAGCAAAUGUGAUUGCAAACAUGCACACCCCCACCCAAAAAUGAAAACAAGAGCAAAUAUUUCCACACUGCAAAGUGGCUUUUGGAGAUGGUAAUAAAACUGUG